UGUGAAAGGCAAAGUUCAGAGAGUUGUGAGCCUUACAAGUUUAAGCCUUUAGGGAGAGCUACUUAUUAAAGCUUUGUCAAAAUGAAUGGAAAGGGGUUGCCAUUCACUUCGAAAGAUAGUGAUGGGGAGGAAUUCGAAAUCAAUGGAGAAAUUGUGUUACUAAAAAUAUAUCUUAAGGGCGUUCCUUCUUAUCCUGCCACCAAUGAGGACUUGUUGUAUCUGCAGCUGGUCAGCAGCGAUAAGAUUGAUCAAGAGACGGGAGAGGGGAAGAGAGGGGAGGAGAGUUCAAUAAGCUGGAACCCGUCCGAUGGUCCCAGUCAUGAAUAUACGCGUCACAACAUCACCUUCAAAUGGAAGCUUGAACUCGGAGUGCCCGGUGCAUUGCUGGUGAAGAAUACUUUCGCUCGAGAGUUCUUCUUGAAAUCCCUCACCCUCUUCGCUGUCCCCGGCAAACUCCCUGAGCUUAGUUUUUUCUGCAAUUCCUGGAUUUUCCCUCUCGACAUAUACAACAAAAGCGCGCGGGUCUUCUUUUCUACUAAGAGCCAUCUUCCUGGCGAAACACCUGCUGGUCUGAUAACCUUGAGAGACCAAGAGCUAUCGACCCUGAGAGGAAGUGGAAGUGGAGAGAGGGAGUUAUGGGAUCGUGUAUAUGAUUAUGAUGUUUACAAUGAUCUGGGCAACCCAGACAGGGAUUCCGAUCUUCGCAGGCAAGUGUUGGGUGGGUCCCUUGAUUUUCCUUAUCCCAGGAGAUGUCGAACAGGACGGCCCCCAGCUCAAACAGAUAGCAACUCCGAAAGCGUGCCUCCCCUGCUAAGUCUAACCCCGUUCUUCAUUCCACCAGACGAGAAGUUGCCUCAUAUCCUUGACUCCGACUACAGAGCUGAUUUGGUGCGGGCCUUCGCCCAAGAUGCGUUAAAACCAGAGAAGAGGUUGUUUCUUGGCAAGUUCAAGUCUCUGGAGGAAGUGAAAGCUCUUUACCGCACAGAAGAUCCGAACUCUAUCAACUCUAGUAUGGAGCUUAGUUUUCUUCAGAUUGUGAAAGGAUUGGUUCCGUGUUUUGAGCUUCCCCAAGUUUUUAAGACUGACGAAUCCGCGUGGAUGGAGGACGAAGAGUUUGCACGGCAAGCCCUUUCCGGACUUAAUCCCAUGGCCAUUCAGUGUCUUCAGAGCUUUCCUCCCUCCAGCAGCUUGGACGCCGAGUUAUAUGGUCCUCAAGAGAGUUUUAUAACCGCACAACAUAUAGAGAAAAACUUGGACGGUCUUACCGUGGAGCAGGCUGUAAAAGCGAAGAGACUGUUCGUUCUGGAUUUCUACGAUGCUUACAUUUCCUACAUCGAACGCAUCAACAGUGAAUCAGUUCUACGUAAAAUGUAUGCCUCUCGCACUCUCUUCUUCCUCACGGACCAAGGGAUUCUCAGGCCUGUGGCGAUCGAGCUGUGUUUACCUCCCACGAGUCUCACCGAAACUGAAAGAAAUGUUUACACCCCUGCCCAAGAAGGAGAAGAAGGCGCUCUGUGGCUGCUCGCCAAAGCACAUGCAUCAGUUAACGAUGCCGGUUAUCACCAGUUAAUCAGCCAUUGGCUAAAAACUCAUGCUGUCAUCGAGCCCUUCAUCAUUGCCACACAUAGGCAACUAAGCAAAAUGCAUCCCCUUCACAAGCUAUUACUCCCUCAUUACGUUGGCACCAUGGAAAUCAACGCCUCUGCCCGGCAAAUCCUAAUCAGUGCAGGUGGUAUUAUCGAGAAAACUUUCACACCCUCCAGAUACGCCAUGGAGUUGUCCUCUAAAGCGUAUAAACACUGGAAACUAAAUGAACAAGGCUUGCCCACCGAUCUAAUCAAAAGAGGGAUGGCAGUUGCAGACUCAUCGGCACCUCACGGACUGAGGCUUUUGAUAGAAGACUACCCAUAUGCAGUUGACGGUCUGGAUAUCUGGGCUGCUUUAAAGCAAUGGGUGAGUGAUUAUGUGUCUCUCUACUACAAGAGCGACGAUGCAAUCAAGGAAGAUGCAGAAGUGCAAGCAUGGUGGAAGGAGGUGGUGAACGUGGGGCAUGGAGACCUGAAGGAGGAAAGCGGAUGGUAUAAAAUUGAGUCGGUAGCAGAAGCGGUGGAAGCGAUCACCACCAUCGUGUGGGUUGCAUCCGCUCACCACGCGGCAGUCAAUUUCGGACAAUAUGCCUAUGGAGGGUAUAUGCCCAAUCUCCCGACUAUGAGCUCACACCUCAUUCCUAAGAAAGUUUCCCCUGAAUAUGCGGAAAUGGUGAAUGACCCAGAAGCAUAUAUGCUGAAAUCUGUAUCCGGGAAGUUGCAGGCCACCCUGGUGAUGAAAAUACUGGAGCUGCUGUCCACGCAUUCAACAGACGAAGUUUAUUUGGGACAAGUGAAAGGUUCUACUCCUGAAUGGACCGACGAUGAAAGGAUCCCAGAUGUCUUUGCUCGCUUUACUUCUGCCCUUGAGAAUUUGGAGAAGAAUGUGACCGAGAGAAACGAAAACCCUGAGCUCAAAAACAGGUAUGGACCGGCGAAGGUUCCAUACACUCUGCUCUAUCCUUCCACUUCUGAUCACUCCAAGGAAGGCGGAUUGACCGGCAUGGGAGUCCCAAACAGCGUUUCCAUUUAGAUUUAAAUCUUGAUUACAAAUUUGUUUAGUGCUAAUGUGGGAUGAGGACUUAAGAGUUUAGGGCUGUCAGUGAUAUUUGGCCUCUACUUGGCUGUAAUAAAGUUGCUAGAUCUGUUCAGUUAUUGAAUAAAACAUCU